GCAGCAACGAUUCUUUCUAGAAAUCUGUAGCAGUUUCUCGCUAGCCGGCCUUAGGUAGGUCCAUCUAAGUUUGUCUUGGCUAACGGCAGCCAGCCACUGCAUUCACUACUAAAACAUCCUAGUAAAAAGUAUUGAGUUUUUUGCUUCAUCUGCUUUUUUUUGGAUUGGAGAUAGGAGAUAGCUUGGUUUAGCCUCCUAACUUAGCCGAGUCAUAUCCGAAGCUAACGUUGUUUGCGUUAGGCUCGUACUGGUAUAAUGUCCAGGAUAGACUACAGCGUGUGGGACCAUAUCGAGGUGUCAGACGAUGAAGAUGAUACCCACCCCAAUAUUGACACACCCAGCCUCUUCCGAUGGAGACACCAGGCACGUGUGGAGCGAAUGGAAGAUUACCAGAAAAAAGGUGAAGAUAUAAGCAAGGUCCUUAACGAGUGCCGUCGUAAGCUGGCAGACGCACAAAAGAAAGUACAAGAGCUGUCCACUUCAUCAACUGAUGAUGCCAAAGCAGAGCUGAGCAAAGCCCAGGCCGAGGAGAAGAAACUGAAAAAAGAGGAGCGGGAUAUAGAUAAGAAGCUAGCAGAACAUUACCGAGAAGAGAAGAAGAUGCCAUGGAACGUCGACACGCUCAGCAAGGAGGGUUUCAGCAAGAGCAUCGUCAAUGUCCUGCCUGAUUCUACUGAAGACACCGAAGAAGAGAAGGAGAAAAAGCAUAAAACCUUUGUGGAGAAAAAUGAGAAGCAGAUCAAACAUUUUGGCAUGUUGCGUCGUUGGGAUGACAGCCAGAAAUACCUCUCUGACAACCCUCAUCUAGUAUGUGAAGAGACUGCCAACUACCUGGUCAUCAUGUGCAUUGACCUUGAAGUUGAGGAGAAACACUCAUUGAUGGAGCAAGUGGCUCAUCAGACCAUUGUCAUGCAGUUCAUUUUGGAGUUGGCAAAAAGCCUCAAGGUGGAUCCCCGCGGUUGCUUUCGGCAAUUCUUUGCCAAGAUUAAGACCGCAGAUCAGCAGUACCAGGAUGCUUUCAACGACGAGCUGGAGUCGUUCAAGGAGCGAGUUCGGGGUAGGGCAAAGAUUCGCAUCGAAAAGGCAAUGAAAGAGUAUGAGGAAGAGGAGAAGAAGAAACGCUUGGGACCUGGAGGGCUAGAUCCUGUUGAAGUGUACGAGUCACUGCCAGCUGAGAUGCAGAAAUGCUUUGAUGAUAAGGACAUCCAAAUGUUACAAGAUGCUAUUAGCAAAAUGGACCCAACGGAGGCGAAGUAUCAAAUGAAGAGGUGCAUAGAGUCUGGGCUCUGGGUCCCUAACUCCAAGGCUGAUGAUGGGGAUGAAAAAGAGGAAGAUCCUACCUAUGAGGAGGUGAAACAGGAGCUGGAAGAAACUAAGAAAGAAUGACCAACAAUGAUUCUAUGAUAUGCUGUUUUUGCAAAUGUACUUACCCACUGUAUUGCGGCUCCACUCUGUGUAUGAUUAGGUUUGCAAUCAUGGAACAAUUAAUUAGCUUUGUUAAAAUAUUAAGCUGAGACUAGCAUUCACCUAUCUGCACAAUUACAUUGCAUCAGUAAUUCCUGCUUGGAAAAGAAAGUGCUGCUUGUGUUUAGGUCUUUUUUUAAUUUGUUUAGACAUAAGGUGUGUUCUUACAUUUAUUUGUAUACCCCUGUCAAUUUGUGUGGGAGUGCCUACCUGCUUCAUUUGUGCUCUUGUAUAGUUGAGAAACAUUCUAUACAUAUUCAGGUUGUGCAGUUAUUCAAUUGGAUGGAUGGAUUUUUUUGUCAUUUACACAUUUAAUGUUUUUGUUAGACUUUCAGGGCUCAAGCAACCAUGUAUGUAGAUGGUUAUUUCCCCGAAAGUGACAUUUUCUACACAGUUGCUUAACUAAAGGUGUGUUGUGGUUGUCUCUACAAAUGCAAGGUGUGGGUAACAUGCUUUUCCAAUCAUAAAGUAAGUGGUCGAAAAUGAGAACCAUAAAGAAUCACACAAAUAUUAUCCAUCUGCAAGACCUGUUGUCGUGGUAACUGCUGCUUUUUAAUGUGGAGAGAAUGCAUCUUUGCAUGGGUUUUCUAAUAAAGCAUUUGGUAUUUACAAAUGA